AUAAAAAUAAAACGUUGUUAUCGUAUUAUUUGCGACUUAAUUGCGUGACGCGGGCAGACGAUUCCAAUCAGUCGAACAGUGUGGCCGCGAUCUUUGUCCUCUCUGUGUUCAAUUAGAUUGUUCGCAUUGACGCGCGAAUCCAACCUUACGAUCGCACUUGUUAGUAUUGUUAUGAGUGGUAGAGUGUUAUUCUUCUCACAUGUUAUUUUGUUAGCUGAAAGAACUAAUCUGGAGAUUGCAAAAGCAUGAAGGGUCCAUCAAGACCGGCUCCUAGUGUUCCUGGGGUGGGGGUGAAUAGAUACUCGCCUGUCACCAACUGGAAUGACGAUCCCUUUGGUGCUGAUGUAUUUGAGCCCAACCCCCAGUACAUGCAGAAGAAAAAGCCCCCACCACGCCCUCCACCACCCAAAGUUAACCCCAAACAGCCAGAUGUGCCGCUGAAACCAUCCCAUUUUAUCAGGAAGCCUACUGUCCUGUCCUCUCUAUUGUCUCGAAAGAACAAAGCUGCAGUAAAUAGUCAAACUCAAAAUGGCAAUGUUAAUAUAAUUUCUCAGAGUCUCACUGAGUAUAGCAAUGACUUAGAUGCCCAUAAGAUGUUUCCUAAGUGUGAACCAAAGAAUAUUCAAACAGGAGCAUUGAUAGAUUUAUCGUCUCCCCCAAGCUCACCCACCUUCACUACAAGGUCUAGUAGUGAUGGUCUCAGUGUGGACAGCUUUGGUUCUGAUGCCACAACUUCCACUAACCAUCACAAUCUCCACAAUGGCGGCAAUGCUUCGCAAGCCGAGAGCGGGUUUGAAGACGAUUUUGAUCUCUUCUUAAAUUCUAGAAAAACCUUGCCUAAGGAGGACACAUUAGAUGAUUUUGCUGCAGUAGAUCCUUUCUCACCUACAAUAAAGCCUCCUGUAAUGAAAAAACCUGUACUCAAUAAAGAUUUCUUUGAUACACCUGGCCUUAUAAAUAAUCAAAAUGCAGUGUCUUUACUAAAGGGGCCUACUAUAAUACGUGCUAAACCUGCUCGGCCUAAACCCCCGGACAAUUCUGCUUUGCUCAAGAAUACAUUUGGCGGAGGAUUUCCUAUCUCUUCCAUGACCAUAAACACCACCACACCCAUUCAGAAGGUCUGCAAUGGCUUUGGAGACUUCGAAUCUAAGCCUUUGAGUUGGGAAGACGAGGGUUCGCCGGAGCGGGAGUGGUCGCCGCCGAUGCCGUCGGUGCCGCCGCCGCCGCCGCCUGCGGCCGACGAUGACCUGCCGCCGGAGUGGUGUGGCGACGCCACUGCAGACUUGUCCGAACCACUCGCUCAGGUCCCGGAUUUAGACGACGAGCCGCACGCUAUUGCCCUUUUCGACUAUUUUACCGAUCAUCCCGACGAUUUAUGCUUUUCGGCGGGUUCCAAGAUCAAGUUGAUACGGCGAGUGGACGACGAGUGGUUGUACGGUGGCAUGCGGAGCGGCGUGUGCGGACUGUUCCCCGCCAACUACGUGGAGGUGAAGGUGCCGCUGCCGCAGGACCCGGCCCCGCCGCCGCGGCGCCUCGCCUCCGCCACCGCACUCUACGAUUUCGAGCCCGUGCAGCCCGGCGACCUCCGAUUCCUCACCGGCGACACCAUCAACGUCAUGUAUAAACUCAACGACGAAUGGUACUUCGGAGAAUGCAACGGCCUCAAAGGACAAUUCCCCGUCAACUACGUACAAAUGAGCUAAUUACCAACACACCCGAUCUCAUCCAUUUAAACUGGUUAUUCAAUUCAAACGUCUUCGCCAACACGAAGUGACGUCAAAAGUUUAUCACCGAUGCCGAUGUGGGCAGAGUAGCUAUCAAAUGGAACUCCCUCCCACAUUCUCAUCGUAUUGUGAUUUUAUUGUGGUAUUUAUGAAAUUGCGAGUUUCAAAUUGAUGUGAUAAAAUAUAUAAAUUGCACGAAGACUGAUAUAUACCAUAUCACGAUGCCACUAUGACGUGUUUGCACCUUUAUAUCCAACUUGUUUGAGUAGUAAUAAAUUGUAUUCUCGUGCAGUAAAUAAUUUUUGAAUGUAUUUUAAUAUCCUAAACUAUAAUUGGAUUUAAGUAAUGGGUAUAGUAAGACUAGUGAUGCAAUACGUCAAACCUUUGUGAAGCCAUUUUUACAUGUACAAUUUAAUCAUUAGCGUUUUCGCACCAUUGUUGCCAUAAUAACGUAAACUAUCCAAUAAUUAAUUUAAUCGAUUAUUGGAAUGGCACCUCAUGAAUUUUUUAAAAAUAAUGACAGGUCGACUGAAUGUAAAUAUUUGUGCUUGUAUAAAUACGCCUUCAACAUAGAGUAUUAAUAUAUGUUAGCUUGUAAAGGUUGUGUGUAUAGUCCUAAAUAUGAUCUGAAGUGUAGUUGCGACACUGUAAUUAUUAUUUUGUAUUGUUAAUAUUAUCGACCAAAAUGUAGUAUCCAUAUACUUUGAUUUACAAAGUGUGGUUUACCAUAUGUGGUGUAAAACUGUUGAUAUUUGGAUUUUCAUAUUCGUUUUGUAAAUAAUCAUAAGUGAAACUGAUAAUAUCGUACACACCAUAAACAACACAUUAGAAUGACGCGUAGUAUUAGGAAUUAACCUGUUUUGCGCUAGAAAACUUAAUGGUAAUGGAGUUGUAAAGACAGUAGCUUCCCGGUCAUUAUCGCAGCGACGUGUAUAUACAUAGGAAUUAUCGAGACACGUUAAACAUCACGCUGAUUCUGUUAUCAACGGGCGAGGACACAAAGUGUGACGUACCGAUAUAACAGUACUCUACCGUAUUGUGAUUAUGUGUAAAACAUCCAAUACAAGGUUCCUUUUCAUCGUCAGUGCUCAACAGUGGUCUACAAAACGCAAUAUCUUCCAAUAGCCUAUAUUUCUGGGUAUAUCUUUUAUAAAAUCUACACAAUUAUUAUUUAAUGUUUACAAAUAUUUGAUCAUGAUGAGUAUAUGAUAGCUCAACGGGUUUUGUCGAUAGGUAGAGGAUGAUAGGGGGGAUAGGUCACAGGGAUGGAUAAAAUAGACGCUUUGGAAGCGUCGUUAUUAAAGCGAUUCUGUUUUUUCGAUAGCCUAUUACCCUUUUAAGUCCAGUAUCUAGUGAGUACUUCCGGGAUCUAUUAUUAUCAAUGUUACGAGCUUAUUCUUAAGACGACAGUCUUCGCAGUAAAUUAAGUAAAUCGUUUCGUUAUCUCCGCGGUAUUAUUGAUAAACGCGAGUAGUAUUUUGUAUAUUUUAACAGUAUAAUUUUAGUUACUUUUUGUGUCAUUUAUAUUUUAAGUUUAUUAAUUAUUUGGAGGGACCAUUAUUCUGAGUGCCUUAAGCAUUUUCAACUCCGGUGAAAUAUAUGUAUAUGAUGAAUUAUUUAUCUACUUACGUAAUAAUAAAAUCUAACGCUA